GACAUGACACCCGUUACCAACUCACACAAAUAUCUUCCUUGUUGUGACUUUUCCGAUAAUGAAAAUUGUCGCAACACUUGCCGAUCCGUCUUGAAUACCACUGAAAGUACGGAUAUUAUUAUAGGAGAACUGGAGGCAGGAGGUUGUGGUACUGUAUUACCUCAUCUACCUUUAUGGCAAUGUUUCUUCACUGCCGAGCGCAAAAUUUUUGUGCCCUCUGUUAUAACAAGUAGCCAAGAGACCGAGGUAUCACAAAUUAAUCGUUUAGGUAUAGAUGGUGCCAAAUUGCAAUGCUGUGAGAAGGCUUUAUCAUCCAAAUGCCGUAAAUUAUGUUUUCAAACCUAUACUACUGAUUGGACUAGUACAAUGAAUAAUUUUGAAACAUCCUGUUUAAUGAUGAUGCCAAAUGAAUUGGAAUUGCGCCAGUGUAUAGAUGAGGUGGAUGAACCGUGUGAAUUGGGUUGUGAUGGUUUAAGUUUUUGUACAAAUUUCAAUAAUCGUCCCACGGAAUUGUUUCGCAGCUGUACGGUGGAAGCCGACAUGGCUGCUAAAUCAGAUUUAAUGAUGUGGCAACAGAGGGGUUGUAGUUUACCAGGAGGCUUAACCUUGCCCAUUAAGAAUAUGACUAGAUGUUUACCCGACAAGUGGAAGGCUAUAGCUUGUGUUUUACAAAUUAAACCCUGUAGUAUACAGGGACAUUAUAAUCAUAUUUGUAGGGAAAAUUGUUAUGAAAUUUUAAUGGAGUGCUUGGAUUGGACACGUUUAAAUACUUACAAUCCGGAAGCGAUUUGUGCUAGAUUGCAUCCAGAUGGUGAUGUCACCUCCUGUGUAUCGCUGAGACCUUAUUUGGAAGAAAGUGAUGCUCCUAAGGAAGGUGGCCAUCAUAAAAUCACCUCUCCUUGUCGUGGUCAUCCCUGUAAUGCUAGUGAAGUUUGUUUAGCAGCUCGCAAUGGUUCGGCCACCUAUAAAUGUAUACCGGGUUGUGCUUUGGGAGAGACUUCUAAUUAUUUAGUUCCUUUUGGUGCUUAUGUUCGCAUUCCAGUACAAAUGACAGCCAAUCGUGGUGGUUUUAAGGUUUGUCGUUGCGGUUUACAGGGACGUAUCGAACAUUGUCAACCUCUACCCAGUGUUUCGUAUGAGAGUUGUGUUCUACGUGGUAGAAAGAUCAAGCAUGGCACUUUUUAUUUGGAGUGCAAUUUAUGUACUUGUUAUGCCGAGGAAAUAACCUGCACCAAGAAACAAUGUAAAAUGCCAGGUUACACAGAUGUUUCUUAUACCAGUUUGCCCUGCAAUUGUCCUACCCAUUAUGUGCCGGUAUGUGGCAGCAAUGGACGCACUUAUCCUUCUUUGUGUAUUGCCCGCUGUCUGGGUGUGCAGGACAGUGAUUUAGAGUAUGGAGCCUGUACGGUGUGGAAUCCUUGUACACCAGGAACCUAUCACUGCCCUGCAGGCACCCAAUGUCUGCCUCAUAGACAGAUCUGCUUAUCCAGCAUGCAUCGGCCCUGUUUACAGUACAAAUGUGUUAAUCAAACGUUACCUUGUGGCAAAUCGGAGCAUUCGGUAUGCGAUGCUAAGGGUGUUACCUUUAAAUCGGCUUGUGAUUUAUUGAAUUCCAAGUCUAGUUUCUCCCAUUGGGGUUCUUGUAAUCGUGGCUGCAGUUGGAAAGGUCCCGUGUGCGGUAUUAAUGGUGUGGAUUAUCCCCAUGAAUGUGCUGCCUGGGCAGAUUAUGUUUUGGUGGACUAUAAGGGCAGAUGUCGUGAGGUAGGCUUGUUAACUAAUGAAAUGGAACGCAAAAGAUGUCGCCAAGUCAAAUGUUCCAAUACUCCCUCACCCUACUGCCCUUCUAUUAUACCACCCGGAGCCUGUUGCCCCAUAUGCGCCGGAGCUUUUCGCAUUAUCUACUCACGCAAACAAAUUGAUCGCGCUCUUUACGCCUUAAAGGGCCAAAAGGAUUUAUUAACUCUACAUAGUGUUUUACGAGAAUUGGAUUCUUUAAUACAAAUAAGCGAGUGUCAACUGACCGGAUUCCUAACCAUGGAAGUGGGUAUAUUUGUGGCUAUUGUACCCCGCACCAACCCCACUCGCAUGCAAAUUGAGGCCUGCAGCAGAGAAGCGGAAAAGAUAUCCACUUUAAUAGCGGCCCAAGAACAUAAAAUAACCACAAAUCUAAUAUUAUCAGGCCUAACAGUAUCCAAUAUGCUGGAGGCUAAUGUUGAAAGUCAUGCAAAUAGAAGAUUUUCUUUGAGAAAUCUAUCUAACGAUAUUGCUAAACAUUAUAUAAGUUUGAUAUUUAGGAAAAUUUGGAUUUUAUAG